AUGACACUGACCACCAGCGCCGGUCGUGGAGCCUACGUGGCGUGCUUGGUGGCCGCAAUCGGUGGUCUCCUCGCCUGUCUUGCCCUCCCCGCGACUGCGCAGUCCUGUCCGGGAGACGGCAUCAAGGUGUAUGGAACGCAGUCCUUCCCCGACGACUCUUCCGCGUGGGUAGCUGUCUCCAAUGUUGACGCCACCAGCAACGCCAACCAGCUGUGGCUGUCGGAGAAGUUCGCCUACGUGUUCUCCUUCAACACGAUCUUCUACUCGUUCUCGCUCCUCCAGCGCACCGCCAUCCCGCCCUCUUUGGCUACGAACGUGGCUGUGUCGCCCAUGUUCAAGCAGGGCUUCUCGCCCACGGGUCCAGUCGUGGUGUUGGUGCCCAGGUCGACGCCCUGGAACCUUGUCGAGGUGGUCAUCACCGCGGACGGCUACGUGCUCAGCCGGAACCUGACGAUCCCCCAGUUCGCUCAGACCGUGCAAUGGCAGAAGAUCAUUCCCAACACCUACGGCCUCACCAGCAAGCUGUACCUGUUCUCGGCGGACCAUCUGGUGAUCGUCAACUACAACGCCCUGACGUGGAGCAUCGACGCGGUCGUCGCCAUCCCGGCCGGACAGUACCCCACGCAGGUCAUCCGCAGCGCAAUGGUCAACGCCGCCAACCAACAGGAACUCUUUGUCACUCGGGCCAACGAAGACCCCGAGAAGCCCGGAGAGGUCUCUGUGUUGCUGCUGUCGGCGGACGACGGGUCGCUAGUCAACCGUGUCAUCCUAGACCACUCGCCGGCGGUCAUGUUCGUCACCUCGGGGAGCGACGGCACCAACGACAUCAUCUGGGCCGAGUCUGGCGCGCUCUUCGACAGCCAGCAGUCCACCGGCGCGGCGUUCAUCUGGAGCUUGGACUCGCACGAGCUCAGCUACGCCGAGAUCCCCGUAUCGUCCUCACAAACGUUCGGCUCGGCUUACGGAAGCACGCCCAACAACAAGUACAUCCUGCUCGGCUUUGGCGAGCCUGCGGGCCAAGAGUACACACUGGCGAGCGUGAACCUUCAGAACAGCUGCGUCAUCGACCUCCAGAAGCAGAUGCCCGGCACCCCGCCCGAGGCCGGCAACGAGGUAGGCGGCAUCCUGUCGCAGGCGGGUCUGGUCCUGUUCGGCAACCACAACCAGCAGGGCUUCAACCAGGUCACCCUCAUCUACUACGCCAACUGGAUUUGA